GGGGAAAAGAGGAUUCCGAGUGGAUCACCGUGAUGAUCGAGGGAGGGACUUCAUGUGUGUGUAUAAUAUUCCUUCGUCUUUCCCACCGGGACGCUGUCGGAGCAGGUAGAGCAUCUCGCUCGUCUCUCGAGUCUGCAGCUUUCAAACUUCUCUCAACACAUUCGGCCCAGCUUCUGCCGUCCACGAUGAGUUACUACGUGGAUCCAGUUUCUUCCUAUCCGGCCCUUCACCCCUGUGACCGUCUGGCCGCAAUGAGACAAAGUGGAGGGGUUGCCAUGGGUCCUCAUUUGCAUGUCCCUGCUGCGGUCCAACCUCAACAGCAGUACUACCACCCCUCACAGCUCCUGUACCCUCAUGAAGUGCCCUUGCAAGAGGUGCCCAAUUGGCACGACAUGUGCCUCACAGAUCCAGAGUGUGGAGAUGUCCCCCUGCUAACUCCUGGAAGUAAAGAAAUGAUGUCCCAGGCGCUAAAGGCUACGUUCAGUGGCUUCACCAAAGAACAGCAGCGACUGGGUAUCCCCAAAGACCCCAGACAGUGGACGGAAAAUCACGUCGCGGCGUGGCUAACGUGGACUGUGAACGAGUUCAGUCUGAAGAAUGUCGACUUUGACAGAUUCUGCAUGAAUGGCGGCAGCCUGUGCGCCAUGGGCAAGGAGCGCUUCCUGGACUUGGCACCUGACUUUGUGGGCGACAUCCUCUGGGAGCAUUUAGAAAUGCUUCAAAAAGAGGAUACAAAGCAUUACCCCAACAACGGACUAACCUCCAACUUCCAGGAAUCCCGUUAUACCUCAGACUACUUUGUCAGCUAUGGCGUCGAGCAUGCCCAGUGCGUCCCCCCCUCCGAGUACUCGGAGCCCAGCUUCAUCACAGAAUCCUACCAGACGCUUCACCCCAUCAGCUCAGAGGAAUUACUGACGCUCAAAUACGAGAGCGAGUACCCCACUGUCAUCCUACGGGACGCACCCCUCAACCCCCUGCAGGGUGACUACUUCUCUGUCAAACAGGAGGUGGUAUCCCCUGACAACAUGUGUGUGGGACGUCUGAGCAGAGGUAAGCUGGGUGGCCAGGACUCUUUUGAGAGUAUCGAGAGCUUCGAAAGCUGCGACCGUCUGACGCAGUCCUGGAGCAGCCAGUCGUCCUUCAGCAGCCUACAGCGAGUACCUUCGUACGACAGCUUCGAUUCGGAGGAUUACCCGGCGGCCUUGCACGGCCACAAGCCCAAGGGCACCUUCAAAGACUACGUUAGGGAACGGUCAGACCUCAGCAAAGACAAACCCGUCAUUCCGGCUGCGGCGCUGGCAGGAUACACAGGCACGGGGCCCAUCCAGCUGUGGCAGUUUCUCCUGGAGCUGCUGACCGAUAAGUCGUGCCAGUCCUUCAUCAGCUGGACAGGCGACGGCUGGGAGUUCAAGCUCUCCGACCCUGAUGAGGUCGCUCGCAGAUGGGGAAAGAGGAAAAACAAGCCCAAGAUGAACUACGAGAAGCUGAGCCGCGGCCUUCGCUACUACUAUGAUAAGAACAUCAUCCACAAGACGUCGGGGAAGCGCUACGUGUACCGCUUCGUUUGUGACUUAAAAAGCUUGCUGGGCUACACUCCCGAGGAGCUGCACGCCAUGUUGGACGUAAAGCCUGACACGGACGAGUGAAAAUCCACAGAAACAAAAAAAAAAGACAAUGAAGCCACACAGACUGGCAUUCAUUAGGUGGUCUUAACGAACCUUUAUUUGUGGGGACGGGGAAGGGGCAUAAAUGUUUUUCAUGACUAAUUGGUCUUGUCGCCUUUGCGCCCUCGGCUGGGGUCUUAAAAGAGGACGCAAAGCCAAAAGCCCGUUGGAGGCGUGAUGUAUAUUCUGCUCGACCUUUUGCAGAUGUAGGUUCCGCCGUGCUGGUGGAACAAAAGACAAGACAAGACAAGGACCAAGAUAAACAAUUGUUUUUUUUUUUUUGUUUUGUUUUUAAGCUUGGACCAAAAAAAGCGUUAAGUAUUAUUUUUAGCGAUGUUGACAGCAGCCCGUGCAACCCCAGCAGCAGGCAUCCUGUAUAUGUCGAAAAUGAAGGUGUAACGGUGCAACUGAACGAGUAGAACUGUACAAGCCUUAAGGAGGAGCGUGCUGUUGGGAUUGGAUGGCGCCAGCUCACUCAUAGCAAGAGUGUCUGCGAGACAACUGAAAGUAGCCGUUGCUUCUGAAACUCCUCCUUUUACGUACUUGCUUUCUUGUCUGAGACACGUUGACUGAAUUUUUUUUUUUUUUUUUUUGUGUGUUCUGUUUUUGCAUAAACCAGCAGUAUUAGCAAACGGUAGACAAUCAUUGCGGGGAAUUCUAUGGUUGUUUUAAAGCGUGUAAAAAAAAGUUUUGUCGGUUCACUGUCGGGUUUUCAAGCAGUGUUUGAUUUGUCUUAAAAGUCACAAGUGGAGUUUGAGGUUAGAACGCUCCGAAUGUCUGAAGGCGCGAGCGUUUCGUGCGGGAAAUUGGAAACGGGGAGAAAGGAAGCUGCACGUGUUCGAUGGAGAGAAGGCGACGGGAAAUCAAUGUGCUCUCGUGAGAAUUUAGUCGGGAAUUAUACGGAAAGUUAAUCACACUCCACCAAUAAAAUGUGUAUAUUAUUAUCAUUAUCCAGGAUUUAACGAACUUAGACUUAUUGGGCUACCAUAAAAUGGUUAAAAUUAUAUUUAUUGCAGCCAAGCAACCACCAAAUUUCUUGGUAAAGUGCUCUUUCAUUCACAUUUAUUGUAAUACAUUUUUAUUCAUUAAUUUAUUUGUCAAUCAGGGAUGGGAUUCAGUCUAAAUUUUGGUGAGGAUGAAAAUGAAUGAUCAGUUAUUUUUCUUUGUAUUGGUCUGGUUAGGAACCAAUUAAUGCUUUACCGUGUGGAAUUAUGAUUGCUAAUAAUAACAAAAGUUUUUUCACCUCUUAACGAUCAUUUAUUCAGUGUUGUGUCCAUCUCAAAAGUUAUCUUGGCAUUCCUGAUGUAUGUUACCAAAUUUGGCUUUAAUUUUACACUAAAUUUGAAUCUUUUGUUAGUUACCCAUUAAAUAUAGAAAUUUCAUUCGUUACUUUUUGUAGGAAAUCUUGAUUAAAUUCUCACGAGAACUUGCUCAGGAAAUCCGCGGAGACUCUGAAAAUGAGAAUAGAGACGAUUUGAAGUUGUCGAGGGAACAUACGAUUCCAUCCGUGUACGUUCGUGCAUAAAGAUUCACUGGUUCCAGAUGAGGUUGGCAAACGGGCUUUACACUGGCUUUAUGGGAAAUGCCAAAGUUGAGCAUCGUCUUAUAAAUACAAUGUUAUUGUUUACAGUGGCUGAAUGUUACCCGUAUUGAUGAAAAAUAGUUUCAGAGAUGUCUAUUUGUACAGAUUGUGUUUCAUAAAGCGUCGCUGAGAUCCGGAUUACGCAAACAAGCAAACGACAAAGCCGUAAUAAUAACCAAAAAGCCUUGUGAGGUCUUUUGGGCGCCGUGCUUUGCGCACGGACCCAAAAGAUGGGAGGCUGGGUUUGCGAUUUUUCUCACACCCGGCCUUUAGCACAAAGAAAUAAUGUAUUUAGCUUAUAGGGAUCUCCCACUAAGUGUUUCAGAAGAUAUUUGUCCAGCCAUCAUCUAUCGCACUGAAUCAUAAAACAAAUGACACGAUUCGAUCUGCAACUGUUGGGUUAUCAUCAGCUACACUGACUCCGCCCCCCCACUUCAUGUUUGAAAUACUGUUUUCAUAUCAGCUCCCAAUGUUAAGUAAGGUUGGUCAACAAUGUUGGCGUUGACAAAUGCUUUCAUCGUUUUCGGAGUGCAGUUUGGUUUACGUUUCCGAUGCCGGGGAGUAAAUCUCGAAAUGUUCUCGUUUGACGACGAUUGUUGGUCUCACAGAUCUACUGUAUGUCUUAAGAGAAGCUUUAAUAACAAUUAGCGAAUAUUCAACCCUUAGUUUUGUGGCAUAUGCAUAUCCCCCCCAUACACCCCUGCAAAAAAAAAAAAAAAAAGGAAUCAGAAGGAAAACUUUUUUGUUUUGUUUUUUUUUUUGUAUGUUUUAUAGUAUUUUUGUUAUGAGAUCUUUUUUUUAUUGUAUUCACAAACAUUUGAAUAUUUUUUCAAUAAUUUAUAUUUUAUAUGAAAAGAUUUGCAGACAUCUGGUGCUUUCGUGGGAUAUUAAAGGUAGCACAAGAUUCAACAAUGUAGCGAUUUUUAUUUGUUUUUAUUUCAUGGUUUUUUUUUUCCUUUUUUCGUUAAAUAUAAAAUAGAUCUGUCUGCAAGAGAAAAAAAAAGGCUGAUGCUGGCCCAUCAAUGAUUUCUGCUGGAAAGGUUUUAUAAACUGUAGCCUCUAUUUCUAAAAUGUACUUAUUGUACUUCAAAAACGUUAUAAAAUAUAUGUGAACAAUUUA